AUGAAGCUUCUAUCGCUUCUUUUACCUUUUCUUCCCCUCGCUUUCUCCCUCUCCACAAUCUACUGGCCCGUAACCAACCCCUCAGAGACCAACCCAUGGGUGAUCGGUAAUAAAAACCUGGUAGCUUGGAAGACAGGUGGCGGAACAGGUAUAGAAUCGUUUGAUAUUCAACUGCACAAUUCCAACCGUACCAUCAUGGUAGGAUUCUUGCCCAUCGCUUUGAGAGUACCCAUGGAGAAAUUACCAGGAAAGAAGUACUAUGGUGGUGAGAUCGAAGUGGAUCUGGUUGAUGGUCUACCAACGGGAGAUGGCUUUUUCUUGAUUUUCAUGAAUACUUACCAUGGAGAAGUUUAUGCUAAAUCACCUAAAUUCUCUAUCUACGCUACUAAACCUGAUAACUACACUGAUCCAGACCUACCAACCGCCACCGUGACAGCAACAUUGACCACCGUCCCCAACCCAACUCAACAAUGGGCAAUGACUUUGAACGGUAUCGAUCCAGAUGCCACCGCGUCCGGUACCGCUAUAGCAGGUAACGCAGGAAGUGGUACAUAA